AUGGCGCUGGCCCGCGGCUUUUCGCAGCAGGUUGUGAGGAGCUUCGCCCCCGCCUGCGGCUUCAUGACAUCCGCAGCAAUCAGGUUCGGAGUUCGGGAGCGGCGGCGGCGCCCCGCCGGCCGCUCGUGCGGCCCCGUCAGCCACGCCCCAAUCUGCUGCACGUCUACUGCGCAGCCCCCGCUGCUGUCGGACCUGAGCGUGAAGGAGCUGCGCAGCAUGGCGGGCCUCGGCAGCGAGUGA